CGUCGAAGGAAGAAUUUAUGUGUGGUUGCCUAGUAAUUCCAAGAAAAGAAAAUAUCUCAUGUUUAGUAUAUACCAUAACUGAAACGUUGUUGCUAAGUUCAAAUUAAACUAAAAAUCAUGGAAGAACCUACACAAAGGAAUGCAGUGGUGACUGGAGCAAACAAAGGAAUUGGAUUUGAGAUUGUAAGGCAGUUAGCUUCAGCUGGGAUCAAAGUGGUUCUUACAGCAAGAGAUGAGAAAAGAGGUCUUCAAGCUUUGGAAACACUCAAAGCUUCUGGUUUAUCUGACUUUGUUGUUUUUCAUCAACUAGAUGUAGCUGAUGCUGCAAGUGUAGCCUCUCUUGCACAUUUUGUCAAAUCCCAGUUUGGCAAACUUGAUAUUCUUGUUAACAAUGCUGGGAUUAACGGAGUUGAAAUUAAAGACAGUGAUUUAGUCAACCAAAUACUCAUUACGAACGGGGCAGUAUCUGAUGAUGAGUUGAGAAGGGCAGCGACAGAAACAUACGAGUUAGCGAAAGAAUGCAUACAAAUAAAUUAUUAUGGUGCUAAAACAACAUUUGAAUACCUUCUUCCCCUCCUUCAAUUAUCUGAUUCACCAAGAGUAGUCAAUGUUUCAUCAGCACUGAGCAAGAAUUUAUCAAAUGAAUGGGCCAAAGAAAUCUUCAAUGAUGUCGAUAACCUUUCAGAAGAGAAAAUAGAUGAAGUAUUGAAAGAGUUUAUGAAAGAUUUUGAAGAAGGAUCCUUACAAAAAAAAGGUUGGCCUAAGUUUUUUGCUGCCUAUAGUGUUGCUAAAGCUUCUAUGAAUGCCUAUACAACAAUUAUUGCAAAGAAAUAUCCUACUUUCUGCAUCAAUUGUGUUUGUCCUGGUUAUGUCAAAACAGAUAUAACUGCUAAUACUGGUUUGUACACAACAGAAGAAGGUGCUGCUCAUCCUGUUAGGUUAGCACUACUUCCCAAUGGUAGUCCAUCUGGCCUCUUCUAUAACAGAAAUGAAGUCUCUUAAUUGUGAUUGAUAUCAUAUUAUAAAUAUUUGGUAAUUUUAUGUAUUAUGGAUAUGAUUUAAUUCAUCUAUAUUGUGGGUGUAAAUUGUAAUCACAAGAUGAGUAAAAACAUUUGACUUUGAUCAUAAUUAUUUCUGAACUUAUCUUUCAUCUAUCAUAUGUUCACUA